ACCUCUGUCUCAUACAGCGCUCCAACACACUUCAUUAUACUAUCUUCUAAGCUUUGCAGUUAAUGCCAAUUUCCGUUCCAAAUACUGACGGCGCAUCAAGGGUUGCGGUUGCUGGGGGGUACGUUACUGAAAAGGGCAACAAGGCAUACCACAGCAGAAAGAAGCCUAAAGGCUUCGCGAAGAAGUUAACUAUUUCAAAAGAUAGGACCGAGGAAAGUGGAUUCAUCUCAGAAGGGUUGGCUUUGUCUGUCAAGCCAAGGUCAGUCCGUUUUACAGAGCAACUCGAAACAAUCAGCCGACUCCACAAUACGACACAGAAGCGGCUCUGGAUCGUGGAAUGGAUAACUUCUCACAAUUUCAAAAACUCAGCUCCCCCUGCAGACAACAGUGAUUUCCCUAUCCCUAUUGACGCCUAUCAAGCCCCGACGGACGACAUCGACAGUAUGGAGUCGCCUCCUAGGCGCGUAGAUGAUGAGAAUAGCGAGGAUCUGGGCAUAAAAUCUCUCCAAUCUCCCCCAUCUCCAAUAGUUGAAAUCAGAAUCGCCAACGCCGCCCCAAGCGACGGUAAGGCUAGAGCUGAAGUGGACGAUCAGUCUGUCACACUACUAUUACAUCUACCCCGACAUACACGAAUGGGACUAGCAUCAGCCUCAGGAAAGGCUCAUGAUGAAAGUGGUUAUUUCCGAAACGUAUUCGAGCAGGAUGCGGUAUCGAAUAUUCUUGAAGAGGCUGCAGAGGAGAGUUCUACUCCCAACGCAGAAGAUGACCAUGACGUUACUUCACACCACCAGCCCUCUAGGGCCUUUACGACUCUAUAUCGAGACCGUAAGAACAGGAUAUAUAGUUGUCCCCCAGAAUGGAUGGUCCAGGACUCCCAGCGUUACCUCUCUUUUGAUGAUCCAGUUGAUUUGGAGAGUUAUAUCGAAGAGAAUAACCAAAUCUUUUUUAUCAUUAUGAAAGAUUAUGAUUAUGAUGGUCAGACAAAGGUACCCACAGUGCCAGUGUCUUCAAGCGAGUCUAUUCUGUUUACGUCCUUCGAAUUAGUGGAUGCGCUCAACAAGUUCACUGGGAAGUUUCCUGGGUUCGAUUCAGAGUUCGCGUCAUUCAUGAUUGACAACGAGGUUCACGCGCCCUAUCUCUUUGCCUACUAUCUGUGGCCAGAAUUAGAGUCAAAGCGGUUAGAACUCGACGAAAAGGACGAUCGCCUUCUCAGCGUUCUCUUCAGCUACAUCAACGAAUUCUACGGCACAGAGUACGACGAUGCUGCGCAACACAUAGCGAGAGGAGUGGUUUGCGGAAGGCAUCUCAAGUAUUUGGUGAGGACUGGAAGUUUACUAGUAAGAAACAGCAGGCGUGGGCCUCCGUCCGCUUUUGAAGUCAUGAACGAUAUACGAAGCGAAGGAGAGCAAACAAUCUUUGAUGAUAUCUACGAUGAUAACCGAGAAAUUCACAGAGAUGGCGAGACAGCUCACUUUUACUCGGUCUUCGGUUGGCGACUUACGUUUGACGGGAAAUUCCAUCGCGAAACAAUGACACUGGAUAUUCGCAUGUUUGGAGAGGCCCCAGUUCCAAUCUCGAAUUUGGACUUCUAUCCGUUGAAGUAUGCCCCUGAAAGAGUCAAGAACAUCCUCUGCCGUCGAGGGACGAUAUUCUGGCAAUGCCGAAAUAGAUGCUUAGUCUCAUAUAAGGCACCUGGGGCGCUGGAACCUCAUACAGAAGACCGUUUCAUGGUGGAUUACAAGAUGUAUCAAAAGAUUCACGGAGAUGACCGAAUCCUUCCUCGAAUCCGUGCCGAAAGUGUUAUAACUCCUGCAAUGAUGGUAAAAGAUACCCCACCGGAAGGCAAUUGGAUAUACCUUUUCCCUUCAAAAACUGUCGGCUUCAGUCUUAGACAAAAGAAUUGGGUUGAUAUCUUAGUCGACUGCCUAGAAAGUGUUGCGUGGAAUAAACGUGCUUUCGACAAUCUCGUCAUAGAGCCAGACAUAAAAGUGCUCGUAAGGGCUCUGAUCACGAGCCGGAUCAAAAGUGACGAAGGAACGGACUUGAUACGAGGGAAGGGUAAUGGACUGAUACUGUUACUUCACGGGUCGCCUGGCACAGGUAAAACGUUUACCGCUGAAAGCGUCGCGGAGAUGGCCGAGAAGCCGCUGUACAGAGUUACCUGUGGCGAUAUUGGUACAGAUCCCGAAGAAGCUGAAAAGUACCUCGAGUCCGUCCUAGAACUGGGAACGGUCUGGGACUGCGUCGUGCUCCUUGAUGAGGCAGACGUAUUUCUUGAAGAGCGGAGCCUCACAGAUCUUGCGAGAAACGCUCUAGUUUCGGGAAUCCUCAUCUUGACAUCUAACCGCGUCGGGACAUUUGACCAAGCCUUCAAAUCGCGCAUCCAACUGGCUCUGCACUACCCGGCCCUCACCAAAGCGCAGCGUCGCAAGAUAUGGCGUAACUUUAUCAACCGCCUCAAAGACAUUAGCUCGGAGUCAAAUUCACUGUCUGUUGACUUUGACGAUCUGGCCGACCACCUCGAUGAACUCGCUUCCGAGGAUAUGAAUGGUAGGGAAAUAAGGAAUGCGAUUACAACAGCGAGACAGUUUGCUAAGUUUGAAGAGAAAGAGCUAGGAUAUGAACAGUUGAAGUAUGUAAUUGGUGUUGCAGGGAAAUUUGAGAGUUACAUUCGUGGUCUCAACUUCGGAAGAACGUUUGAGCAAGUCGCAAGGGAGGAUGGAUUAAGAUAGUAGUACAUAUGCAAGACUUUCAAUCUCAUAGGAUGUAAUCAACCCGAGCCCAACUGAAAUAAUUUAGUGAUACC